AUGCUUAUUCUCUCAAUACUAAUGGGUGUUGGCGCAUAUUACAUGCCGCCUCCAAGGCAUGCAUUCAUAAUUACCACUAGAACACUGUCACCAUAUCGCCUAGACUCAUUUCCGUUUUCACAGGUAGGACCUUACAAGACAUCCACCGAUCCCAUUCUAUUUUCAAGGCCAUCCAGGCUUGAAACAGAGACAUCUACAGAAGGAGGAGAACGAGGGAGUUCAUCAGAGGGGAAGAAGGAGGGCAUAAAGAACAGCCUUUCAAGCAUUCUGUCUACAAGCAUUCUUUGCAAGUUUUUCUUCUAUAGUGCAAUGGCAGUCCUAAUAUUCUUCAUAGGGUAUCAAACAAGAAAAUGCCACGAGAGCGGAUCUUAUGUAAGGCUUCCAACAUCAUCUUCGAAUAACUGA